UGUCUGUUUACGGCUAUAACAUGAAUUACUAAGCUAUGUAAACUUAGCUGUUGUCAUCGGCAUAAAGAUACACCUAUAAUACUUUCAGCAGCAGAAUGGCUUCUAACAACAGUGUUAACCUCCUUUCUGGUUCUGAAUUCUCCAGCAACAAUGACAAAGCUACAGUGGACAUUGAUCCUUUAAUGACAAAUAUCACUAUUGUCUUUUACACAAUCACUAUCCUUUUCGGCAUCCCUGGAAACGCUGUGGUCAUCUGGAUGUCAGGAUUCCGUCUAAAAGCCAGUGUCAUCAAUGUGUGGCUGGUCAACUUGGCUGUGGCAGACCUGAUUUUUUGCCUCACUCGUGUUCCUUCAUUGAUUGGGAAAGUCUUCUAUGAUAAUUGGCCCUUUGGCAUCUUUUUGUGCAAGUUUAAUGGAUUCUUCAAGUACACCAAUAUGUUCUGCAGUGUAUUCCUCCUGGCUGUCAUUAGUCUGGAUCGGGUGCUUUGCGUUUGGAAACCAGUGUUCACCAGGCGGCGGCGAACUCUGUGUGCGGCUAGACUCAUCAGUGUUGGGGUUUGGAUUGCGGCGAUCGUCUUCAGUGUACCAUACUAUGUGUACCGACAUGUAUCUAUAGGCCAGAACAACUUCAGCAGGUGCUCCACAGAGGUCACUGAAUCAUCUGAAAUAGACAACAGAGCUAAACUGGCCUUAUACAGCAUUCGCUUCUUAUGUGGCUUUUUGUUGCCCUUCCUUAUCAUUCUAGCCUGCUAUAUAUUAGCUGGUUUAAAGAUACAUAACACACUUAUCAUGAGCAAAACACGACUUCUUCGGAUUCUAGUUAGUUUGGUCUGUGCCUUCUUCCUGUGCUGGGGACCUUACCACUUCCUCCUUUUGGCCAAGAUGGUGGACAGCAAGAUCCAAGCAGUAAAAGUGGGUCUGCCCAUAGCUAGUGGCAUAGCCUACUUCAACAGCUGUGUUAAUCCACUUUUAUACUUCUGUAUGGGGCUGGACAAGAGUCUGCGAUUCAAACAAAGCCUGUCUCGGAUUUUUGCUAGAGCUCUAGCUGAAGACUGGGAGGGCCAAACCUUACGGUCUAAGGAACGUUCUGGUUCAGGAACAACAGAUGACAGUGGAGUUAGAUUAGCAUUGAAAGAGUCAAGGUGACUGGAAAGUACACCUCUGUGAGAAUGGUUUCUUACCUGGUAACAGCCUAAAUGUCUUCAUUAACAGUGCUGUUCGUACUUGCCAUUGUGGACUUCAUUUUACUUACAUAUGGGAUA